GUCCUGCGAGGCAGCACUGCGGGAGCUCCUGAGACGGCGGACGCGCGUGAUGGAGGCUCGCCCGGCCCUCCGGGAUCGGGAACUCAGAACUCUCCGCGGACAGCUUGGAGCACCGCAUCGGCACGUGGAAGGGCACCAGGAGGUCCAGCACGAGAUGGCCGCGCAGUACAAGCAGGAGCUGAAGAGACCGCAUGGAGAACUGGGCAGACUGAAGAGAAGCUAUGAAAAGCUACAGAAAAGGCGCAUCAAAAAUCACAGGGACAAUCGGUCUGAAAUUGAAAGGUUAACUGGAAAAAUAGAGGAAUUUCGUCAGAAAUCACUGGACUGGGAGAAGCAGCGCUUGAGUUAUCAGCAACAGGUGUCUUCUCUGGAGGCACAAAGGAAGGCUCUGGCUGAACGAUCAGAGAUAAUUCGGGCUCAGCCUGCCGAUCGGAAACAGAAAUUAGAGCCCGUGGAACUGUCAAGACAGUCAGAAAUUCAGCAUCUGAGCAGUAGGCUGGAGCGAGCCCGGGACGCUGUCUGUGCCGGUGAGCUGGAGAUGGAGCGCCUCACCACGAGGGUCAGUGACUUGCUUGGAACUAGUAUGACUGUUAUGCAAGAACAGCGGCAAAAAGAAGAAAAACUGAGGGAGUCUGAGAAACUUUUAGAGGUUUUGCAGGAAGAAAAAAGAAAAUUGAAGGCAGCUCUUCAGUCACAAGAAAAUUUCCACGAGGCAAGAAUGCAAAAGAAAAAGCUACCAGCAAAAUUAAAGGUGACUGACUCUCAGCACACAGUAGCGGCCAUCAGCUUGGAGUCUGUGAGCACAACAUGUAAACAGCUGAGCCAAGAACUAAUGGAAAAAUAUGAAGAAUUGAAGAAAAUGGAAGUAUAUAACAAUGAGUACAGGGCAGAGAUUAAGAAGCUGAAAGGGCAGAUUUUACAGGCUGAGCAAAGUCACGGUUCUGUACUAGAAGGGAUGAAGAUGGAAGUCUCCCAGCUAACUCGGGAGUUACACAAGCGAGAUAUCACGAUCGCUUCUGCCAAAAGUUCUUCCUCUGACACAGAAAAGAGACUCAAAGCAGAGAUACAAAAGGCAGAAGAAAAAGCAAAAGAGCGUAAGGAGGUUUUGGAUCAGAUGGAGUCACUCAAGCUAGAAAAUCAUCAUCUUUCUGAAACAGUGAUGAAAUUGGAAUUAGGUUUACAUGAGUUUAUGUCUUCGUGUCCCUGGCCUGUAUCUCCUCUUGGUUCAAUCGCUGCAAGAUUUUUGUAAGAGGAGGAACUGAGGUCUCAUCAUAUUCUAGAGCGCCUGGAUGCCCAUAUUGAGGAACUAAAAAGAGAGUGAAAAGACAG